CUCUCCUCUCCUCUGUCUCACAAGUCUCAACCUCCGUUGCCCCACAAAAAAGAGAAAAAGUCGAACCCUCUCCUCUCAAUACCUGCAACUUCUACCUUUUGCAGAUCGCAGCUCCACUUCUCCCAUCCCACCAAAACAUCCACUUUAAGCUAACCCCAUCUUCCCAAGCCCCCACAAAGCAAGAAGAAAAAAAAGGGAAGCGGAGCUCCAUUAUCUCCCCCUCUCUGUUUCGCUUUUGAUUUCUAUCUUCCAUUGAGAGAAUCUAUCUUCUUCUCUUCUUUUCCCCAACCCCUAAUGUGGCCACCAUGGAGAAAAUCACCAGGUCGAAGUCCAACACACAACAAAUCUCUUUUCUCCUGUUCUUCAUUCAAAGACAUUCAGAAUCUAUGCAAAGAAGAUUUGGAACCAAUUCCCCCUAAGAAAUCCAACAUCUUCCAACGCGUUCGCAUCGCCAACGCAGUACUCCGUACCUUCUCCCGUCCUGUUCUUCCCAAAUCACUCCCUCCACCGCCUCCACCAGAUCUUGGGACGCCAAUCUCAAUCUCUCUCCCAGGCGCCGAAAAGCGCAUCGUCGUCUACUACACCAGCCUCCGCGUGGUCCGAAAAACCUUCGAAGACUGCAAAACUGUUCAAUCGAUCUUAAAAGGGUUCAGAGUCUCCAUAGACGAGAGAGAUCUAUCAAUGGACGCUGGUUUAUUAGAAGAGCUAAAGGCGAUCUUAGGUAGUAAAGAGCUGACGUUGCCUAGGGUUUUCAUCGGCGGCAGAUACGUCGGUGGAGCUGAAGAGAUCCGACAACUUCACGAGACCGGAGAGCUGAAGAGGUUCGUAGAAGGUUUUCCGGCGGCGGAGCCAGGUGUUUGCGACGAAUGUGGAGGGCAUCGCUUCGUGUUGUGUGAAAAGUGCAACGGCAGCCAUAAAUGUUACAUGGGAAAAGGUGUGUUCAAGAUUUGCCCAACUUGCAAUGUGAACGGUCUGAUCAGGUGCCCUUCUUGUUAUUCAACUCUAGGCGUAGCUAUACCCAAUCUCAAAUAGAUGAAUUUAAAUUUUUU